AUGAGUUCGCAGACACUCUCAAGCACGGGGCCUGAGUACCCAGCCGCUCAUAUACUCGGAGUCGCACUCGAGGUGAGACAAAAAGUCUACAACUACAUCCUCACAAACAUCCACGAAGAAGCACGAAGUUGGGAGAAAUCACCAAAGUCCAGCUACGAUGGCUUACGGUGGACUUGCAAACAACUGUACUAUGAGACAACCCAGUCGAUUUUCCUGCAUCGAGUGUCAAAGCAGCAAUUGCCUGGUAUUGUUUCGAUCUCUAUCAACAAGGUGAAUGUGCACACGCUGCGAUCGUUGUACCUACGGAUCGAUCUCGCGCUCGGCAUUCAAGGUUGCUAUGGCCUUGCGGGAUUCCUUAACAGGUUUCAGUUGUCCUUACAAGAGCUUCAUCUGAUCUUCUCUGGCAAAGAUGCAAGUGGAAUACAGACAGGUUUUCAAGGUUGUGGGGGUCGAAGUCAUCAGACUAUAUGCUUUCAGGAAGAACUGUUUGAGCGGCAUCAGGAGAUAGAGAAAAAGCUACUGGUUCUUCGUCAGAUUCCGACGCUACGAAAUCUUGGGAUCCUGCGCAUCGAGAACAUGAACAUCGCCAUCCCGCGACCAGCGCUUCUGGCCAACAAGCCAUAUUUACAAGCACUCAGCGUCACUUGCGAUCCUCGCUCCCAAGUAACCGAUAUCCCACGAGUGGCGAGACGCAAUCCCCAGCUCUUUGCAGGUCUCCUCAUGCCUGUCAGACCAUUUCCUCCUGUUGCAGCAUUGACACUCGAUGCUAAUGCUGUCUUUUCCAUAGAGGCCUUAGUAAACAACGUCGCAAAAAGCCUUCGACAUCUUAGCUGGAUAAUCCCGGGUCCAGAGCACCACACUCAUCUUCAGAACGAACUGACAUCCUUCUACAACAUCACUGAAAGACUCAUGCAGACUUUGUGGAGAAUACCUCAACUAGAAGCGCUUCGGCUUUGUAUCAACCCGAGUAGAGGUCCUACUUACCCGAUGUGGUGUCGUAGAAACACAGCACCUGUUACGGAAAGUCUUCACAAAUAUCUACCUCAUUUCAAGGCAUUGAAGCACUUAGAGAUCCACGAAAAUGGAAACAACGAAUACUAUUACAACGGUUUGAUCAAUGAUCUCCCAUGCAGUUUGCGUCGAUUGUACCUGUGCAGCCGCACAAUUCCAGCAGCUCGACUUGCGGACUUAGUUCAGCGGCGAUACUUCCAUGGAGAAGAUGACAAUGAAUAUUCGUAUGGUGCAAACGUAGUGCCGAUCGAUAAUGAUUUUGCAUUCUACAAUACCUUGGAAUAUCAACGAGGAUCUUGUCUUCUCAGUGAGACUUCAGAGGCGGAUUGGAUCAGAGUGAACAGUCGAGGCUUCGUCGAAUACUUCACACAAGAAGAACUUGACUCAGCUGAAACGCCAACUGAUGGUGUGCUAUUGGUGCAUCGAGACGUCGGCACGAUAGAUGAUAGCUUCAAUGAAACUGGCACUGUUGGCGAGUAUUAUGAUCGGUUCGACAAGAUUCCUUUGUACGCGGGCAAGCUGGGCUUCAUCACCUUCGAGUACAACGUGCAGGCGGAAGUGGGGGAGUCUAGAGGUCGACUCGAUAACAGGCAAUACGACGAUUGUUAUAUGGAGAGCGACCGCACUCGGAUUUUCAAGUUGAAUGGCCGACUUCUCGACAGAGAGCACAAUAUGCACCUAGCUAUUUCCAGAGCCGCAAAUGCAGAACAGGCUGUGGCUGGAUCGUUCGACAGACGACAUGGCACCUUCGAGGACGAGCGCAAUUCGCAGUGGCCCGAUAUUAGACAGGCUCUGCUACAUCCAUGUCGGAAAACGAGGCACCCUUUUACCACCAAGCAAUUUGUUGACGAACUCGAACAAUGCUUCGACGAUCCUAUGACUUGGUACUUCGGCAACGAAGUCGCAGCAGAAGAAGUCUUCAAGAAGGAGCCAGUCGCGAAGCACGACGGUCAAAGGAUUAAAGCAACAAUCGAGGAGGUUCCCGUGUCGUCAGACUGCCACUGGAUGUCACCAGAUUACGAGGUUCCUCCCGUUGGUUCUUUUCCUUUACCACCGCUGCCAAGAGAUUGGAAGGACGAUAUGUAA